AUAUACAACAAAACACGCAAUAAAUAUUGAAUAUAAGAAGCUUGGCAAUCGGUCUAGCUCUGAUAAUGUAAUCAUGAUCAGUCACAGUCAAAUUGGGCAUUUUUUAGUUGCCAGCAUCAAGUACAUUUGUUUAAAUUUCACGUGCUAAAUUCCGAAAGAAUCCUUGUACAAUUGCUUUACGACUUCUCAACUCUUAUUGACCACAACGACGGUCUGAGUGCAAAGGCGCGCCAUGUCUAAACGAGGAGCAAGAGCGAGCCUUAUGGCCUACGUCUCGGCCGAGGAGAACCUUCUGGAUUGCUACUCGCCGGCAGGAGGUGAUAUGGAAGUGAUGGCGGGGCCAUCGGCCAGACCGGACGCUCGUGCGGGCGUGGUUGACAGUGAAGAGCUGGCCGAGGCUUUCUCGCCGGCUCCGCAGGAGACCCUGAAGCAUGGGUCAGAGCUUGACCCCGCCGUCGACAGCAUGUUGCACGUGAUCUCCGAUGAUUCGGACAUUCAUAGCCUCAUCUCUAGUGACUUUAAAGGCUGGGAGGAACAGCAUCCAAGCACAAGCUAUAUCUGCGAUGGUGAACCCUUCAUCUACGGCCUGGGCCGAAGCAUGAUAUCUAAGACAGAAAAGGAGACGGAAGUAGCUCCUCACUGGGCCUGCUGCACACCGGCUAAGCAUCCCUGUAGGAGCCAGGAUGUCAUAGAGAUCAAUGACUCUCCCGAAUCCGUCCGUGAUCCAACCAUGUCUCUGAUGCAUUCUGGAGUUCUGCUUACCAACGGUAACUCUGACGAACAGUUUACCGUACAGGAAGAUGAAUACAAUGACGGUCUACAGCCUACGGACGAGGGGGUAGACCCUUGUAUGAUUUACGAGACUGUGGAUGGAGAGAAUAUGGUUGUUCUGGCUAAUGAGCAUUGCUGUGAGAUUAUCGUGGCCACACAGGGCGUGGCCAACGAGCAGGAGUUCGCCCGAGCCAUCCUUAUGGCCGGCAAUGGUUCGACCGGAGCACUAAUUGGCCUUCUGCCUGAGGAAAGACAUGCGGACGAGCUUAACGUGGCCGAGUACAUUGAAGCGGAGAUGGUGGAGGAGGAUUUGGGUGGCAACGAGGCGCGCGUUUCGGCCGGUAACAAUGUAUACCUUAGCGAUGCAGCGUUGGAACAGCCGCUGGUGCACCAGGAUCUGGUCGAAGACGAGGAGAACGAAAACGCAACGUUUGUGGACGAUACACCAAUGGAAGAAGAGCGUCCUGACAUCUGUCAGGUGUAUGAUGACGAGCUGGAAGACCACGACCAGGACGAAGAGAACGAGGUCUGCAUCAUCCAGCACACUGCACCAGCUGAGCCGGCCGAAGCUGAACAGGAGGUGACGCCCAUGCAACUGGUGUCCAAGAAGCUGCCCCGCGAACACAGCAGCCCCACAGAGUUCCCGGUCAGUUCCUCGUCAAUGCCAAACGCUAGUUACAACUACGACUAUGAUGAUGACCUGAUGCUGGCCCACACCCCGCUGAAGCGCAAGUAUCCGCCUCUUAUGAAGAACACACUCUACGCCGAGGCUAUGGACCGGAGGUUGGCAAGCAUCUGCCAGGCGCAACCACAAAUGAGUCCGGCUGAGAAGGUCUCCAGUUGGGAGACUGCAUUCAGCAACGAGUGUGUUGCCGUGGAAGAUGUGGAAAGCUUUCAGGCUGACUUUGAGAGGCACGAAGCUACUGCUGCGCCUCUUAAACAGCACAGCUUUAUGGAGUUUCGCGAAUCGCUGGUGCGGAACUUGGAGAAGAUCAGCCGAGAUAUUAUGCAAGUCUCGGACGAGUCAACUCAAGAGCAGGCCAGCUCCCAGUCAGCGGAGCGUGUAGUGCAUCGGCGCUUACUCCAUGUUAUGCCCACCGAGGAGACCAUUGUUCUGGAUGACGAUGACGAGGACGAUUGCUACGAGGUUAUGGAUAUGGACAAGGCCUCCGUCGCCACUCUGAUACCCGAAGAUGAGCUGAUGCAGGCGGAUCAGGCACCGGAAGGCGAGGAAGUCAUAUUGCCUAUUGAUGAAUGUGAACAGAGGCUGGUCACUAAAGAGACCUCAACUAUAGAUCUGGACAGUAGUGCGCCUGCACCUACAGCAGCGUUGUCUGCUCCGCAUUUGGAACGCAUGACGCCGAUUUCCUCUGCUCCGCCUCCCUUCUGCACUUCUGCUUCUGUUCCUAUUCCUGAAAGAAGGUCAGAAGUUGUGGAUCCCGAUCCAAGGGAAAUUGCUGCACCGUCUUCCUCAGACCGACAACUAUCCAGUGUUGUACUCGAUGUAAUGCGGCAACAGGUGCAGAUGCAACAGCAAUUUAUGGAUCAUAAGCUGCAUCAACAGCAACAGCAGUCACACCAGCAGCAUAUGUAUCGCUACCAGGAUCUUCCGGAGGCGCCACCGAAUAAUCAUUCGGUAGAAAUACCGUUGGAUAUGGACGGAGAUCAAGAGCCACGUUACAUCAACAACUGUCCCACCAUGUUUUACGAGCAACAGGAGUUUUGUAACUAUUUGGGUCUCACUGAGCUAGCCACGGCUAAUGCGGUGGCCACAGCAAUGCGCGAACUGGCCAACAGCACAGUGGCACGGCGCUCGCUGCGUGUACGACCCCAGCAACAGCUAGACAGGAUGCGAAGCGAUGUUCGCGGCAAACGGCGGGAUAGGGAACGGCAGCAGGAUAAGGAAAAAAAGCAGCCAGCAGUGACUAGCAGCAGCAGCGAGCCUAGUCACUCCGACAAAGAGGACAACCCGCUGCCUGAGGGAGCCAGGUCUGUUCCAGGGGCUGAGGCGGAACUGAAUUUUGUCUGUUCGCUGCCCUCCAUGAGUGCAGAUCAGGAGCAGCUUCAGAAGGGAUAUUAUUACCCGGUGCAAGGAAAUUACUCCGAUAUUCGGGACCAGUCGCCCGGCCAGGAGCGCUGCACGUCUUUCAAGCAGCAGGAGAGUCAAAGGUCACCAUAUCAAAGGGAGCGACAUCGACAAAGAUCUUCCCGGGAAAGCGAAGCUCAUGUGGACCCGGAGGUAGGCAAAGGGCAGCAGGAGGAAGGCAACAAGCGAGCACUGUCCGUUGAGGCUGCCUUCGCAAAAAUCUACAACGCAGCCGCGCCAGCCCAGUCCAAGGUCCUGCAGAGCAUGCAGCAACGCCUGCGCCAGGCGCGCGAGACCAAGCCCUCGAUCUACAUCAUUAAGGCGACCAACAAUGAACCAGCGCAGCUGACACAGUCCCCCAAGCAGUCAUCACCCGACCGACUGAUCGAUGAUGCUGGUAAAACUAGUGUUCCGCGUCCUUCUCCCGUGAUCACUCCGGCGAAAGCAAGUCCUGUGAAGGCCGCGUCAGCAAAGAGUGUUCCACCUCAAGCUCCUACACAACCUCGAAUACCAAAGGCGCCUAAGCUAAGAAAAGCUGAAACUGCCACGCAACGUCGACGCACCACCGUUACUGCUACCACUGUUUCGGCAAAACAGGUUCGCAUUCGGGAUCUUGUAACCCGCUCCACCACCCAUCUCAACUCAAAGCUCCUACGUAACCGCAAGGUAAAUCUGCUCAAGAGCUACGCCCUUUCGGACGAGAUGGCCCAGGGACGCGGCAAGCGAUUGAGUGGCGGCAUCAUCACCAACACCACGACCACCUCUCAUGGUGUAAAAAAGGGUCACACGUCCAAGAUGGUACGGGGAACGGGAUUGAAGAGACCCAAAGAAGUAGGGGACAAAAAAUUGCCCGAACAGUAUCGCCUGCAGGAGCAGCAAGUGGUACCUCCUAACACGCCUCGGCAGAUAGUAAGGAGUGUCAAGCCCAUGGCGAAUGCCAAGACGAGUGCAAGGAAGCCUCCGCCCCUCCGUAUAACUAAACGCACUAAGCGUUCACGCGCCAAAUCAUUGCCGACAGCCUUGGAAGGGGUUUCAGUUUACGCCCCAGUCCCUCUUCAUAUUUCUAGUGCUUUAGUAGGCACGGAUGUGCCACCCAAGUUGGAGGCAGCUAUGACCCACCUCCCAAUUCAUUCCGCAUCCCCAGUUCAAACGCCUUAUAGCAAGUCAAUUCUAAUUUACCCCCCUUCGCCAACAACGCCGCCAUCGAAUCCCAAACUGACCGAGCCGUCGCGUGGCCCGUGCCAACAGGCGGGAAGUGGCGAUCGACUUGCUGGGUUAGACGUUCUGAACAUCGAUUCGAUUCCGCCCGGCGGCCUCCUACGACUGAGUGAGGGGUCCUGGGCGCUCUCUAAUCCACUCUCUCAAAAGUAUGGCAGGGUUUUGUACAUGUACUAUGAGCUAGAUCAGCUUAUCGUGCUGCAGGAGAUGUGUAUUACCUUUUGGAAAUACUCAAAAGUCUUAAGCGUAUUGCAUCAGCCGAAGAUCACCUCGCCGGUUAGCAAAUCUCCCGUCCCGUCAAAAUCCCCUCAGCAUCAACAGGAGCAGGAACUGGAUGUGAGGCCGCGAUGGGUGUACCUGGGGAGGUUGCGACGCAUCACGAAUGACACCGAGAUCUUCACACCGUACGGCAGCCGCAUCUGUGUGCACAAUUCAACUCCGGUUUACUUGGAAAUGCAGAGCCGGUCGCUGGACCAUCACAAGCGAGAGGUGAAACUAACGUCGCUGCACAUCAAUGUUUACUACUUUUGUGAGGAGGACCUACGACCCCGGAUGCACUCGGUUCACUUGGACACUGUUAACUGCGAAGGGUCACAUGUGAUCUAUACGAGCAUAGCAGAGUCGCGAUACUUUGUGAUGGCCUGGCAGCAAGAACUUGUGAUGGGCAGACCGCGGUCGGGCAUCUGCAAGUACUCGCUGACGCCUACUCUGGACACGUUGGCAUCCAUCCGCGAGUUUAAGCAGUUGCGGCACGAGCUGCGUCACAUCGAGUGCUUGUCAGAAGAUCGCCUGAUCGGCUAUGGCCAGACACGCGUUACCGUGUGGGAUCACCGCAGUGGCGACACUCUGAUGAACUACGAUCUAGGCCGGCCACUCGGACGCAGUCUUGCCGCCAUGCACUACCCUAGUCUAGACCUGGACCAGAGCAGCAUGCUGAUACUUUUCCAGUACCUCAACGAGCCAGACGAGAGUCCGGCCGAGGUGCACAUCAUCGCCUGUGAGCUGUCGCACGCCACGCCCUCGCACCGCCUGCUCCACAUCCACCGGCUCCCGUCGACCCAAUACGAUGACGCAAUCGAGGCGGUGAAUACUGGGGAUCAUCUAAUCAUUAAGUCUUCUGCAGGCGGAGAGGCCUGGAUAAACACCGCUGAUCCGCGGCAACUGAUCUAUGUGGCGCCUCUGGCCAAUGGAGCGCAACGGUUUUACUCGCGUAACAAGUCUCAGGUGAUAGAGAUGUCACCACAGUCAUUAACAGUAGACAGCAUCACCAAUCACAUGCUCAAGCUGGCCGUCCAGCAGCAGUACCAAUACGAGAUGCCAGUUUAGUGAAAAGUGCACCUAGUAUAUUAUGUUCUUACCCCGCCCAAUGAUUUUAGCUGAAAAGUGUCCCCAUGCCCAUUUAAAAAAGAAACGUAUGACGCCUUAAAUUGUGAACUGUAAGAUCACUUAAUAUUAGUUUUGGUGCUGGUUUGCAGCUCCAAAAUAUGUAGUUCAAAUAUAUCGAAAACUAUCAUAAGCUUUACCCUUUACUCCCAA